AUGGGCGGAGCAACAUCAUCCCACUCCAAGUAUGCGAGCGAUCCUCGCUCCGAGACGCGUGAGAGCAUCCAAGAGCGGAUCGACAAGAACAAAAAAAAAAUAGAGAAGUUGGAGAAGGAGAACGAGGUGUUGGGUCGGCGACUGCAGAAGGAGGCCGAGCGGAGUGCGGCCGAGGCGCCAUGGGACGGACGCACCAUCCGACGCCACAGCGCCGGCGGACCCGAGGACUCCAUGCCCUCCGGCCUCACCCCGCGCUCCGCCCUCCUCCAGGGCCAGACCCAGAAGCAACAGCAGAAGAGCAAGCGCACCUCCUAA